UUUACUCACAAUCACGCGGGACAUUCAACUGUUAUUGUGAAAUAGUCAUUCACGAACUUCGUAGUCCCAGAUUAAAAUAAAUUUGCGAUUAUUAAAAAAUGAAUAGGAUGACAACCAAUAUUCUAACUUCAUGUGAUUCUAAUUCAUCGUAUAACUUAAUUACUUCCAAUGAUAAAUUCUGUAAUUGGUUCUAUGAUGAGAAAACUUGUUGGCCAAUUGCGAAAGCCAAUACCAAUGUAUCCCAACCAUGUCCAAAAGAACAAGGCUUUGACAAAAUGAAGAUGGCUUACAAAUAUUGUACAGAAGACGGAAAUUGGGAAAAUGUAACAAAUUUGUUUGGAUCAACUGAUUAUAGUAGCUGUUAUACUCCAGAACUAACAGAGAUGCUAGAAAAACUUGGUUCAGACUAUGAUACAAAACGAAAACUCAAUAUUGCUAUUAACACUGGAGUAAUUGAAGUAGUCGGAUGUCUAGUAUCUAUCAUUUCAUUGAUCAUAUCAUUAUGUAUUUUCAUCAGGCAUAAGGGUUUAUUAGAACAGAGGUUCAAGAUACACAUGAAUUUAUUUGUUGCUUUAUCACUACAAAUGUUCAUCAAACUAAUUUUAAAUAUUGAUAAACUGGAUUUAUUCAAAACAAAAAAAUACCAUUCGAAUGUAACUUGUCUUGUGGACUGUAAUAACCAGAUCCGUUUAGUGAAAGAUGACGACAAUUGGUUUUUUGGAAUUAUGUAUACACCAAUAAUUUGUGAGGGUAGUCAAGUCGUACUGGAAUGGUCAAAAACUGCUAGUUUUAUGUGGAUGUACAACGAAGGAGUAUAUCUAUAUAGAAUUAUAAAAUCUAGAGUCUUAAGAAUAAAUUCUAUAAAUUUUCGUAUGUAUCUAUUUGGUUGGGGUUUACCAGCUUUGAUGACGUCUGUAUGGUUAUUGGUAACAAUGGUUUAUUACAAAAAAUCGUCUAGUGUCUGUUGGUGGGGCUACAGUUUAUUACCCUUUUUUUGGAUCCUUGAAGGACCUCGUAUGAUAAUUAUCGUAGUAAAUUUCAUUAUAUUAAUCAUUGUAUUGAGAGAGCUGUUGAAGAAAAUUAAAUCAAAAUUAUCACCGUCCAAUGAAUUGGAUAUCAUAAGAAAAGUAUCCAAAGCAGCCAUAGCUCUUGUCCCUUUACUUGGGAUCACAAACUUUAUAUUAGUUAUAUUACCUGAACCACAUUCGAAAAGUCCUGAAUUAUUUGCUUUUUGGUCAUAUUCCGCACAUAUAUUACACUCAUUCCAGGGCUUAAUGGUGUCAAUAUUAUAUUGCUUUAUGAAUAAAGAAAUUAAAAAGUCGUUUGAUAAACGAAUGAUGCUCCAAAAAUCACGACGAAAUUUCGAAAUGGAAAUGACAUAAUUUAUUUAAAACUUAGAAUAUUACGAUCUUGUUUUAUAAAUAUAAUUUUUUUUUUUAUAAUAACAAUAUUAUAUUCUUGGUUUUUGGUGUUUAACUGUUGUGUGCACUAUAAACAUAUACUAUAAAAAUAUGGUUUAUGAUAAUUUAAGAUAGGUAUUUAAAAGUAAAAUAAUUGCUUAAACUAGGUAUAUGGGUUGUACACAAUAUAUGGUUUUUACAUUAUUUCAAUAAUAAAAGUAUUUUAUUUAUAAUUUUAAAUAAUUUUUUUUUAAGAACAUAAUCAAUUGUAAUAUAAUGUUACAAUAUUACUAAUAUUGUACUAAAAUCAAGUAUUAUUAAAAAAAUAUAUAUAAUAAAAAGUGUAA